UUCCCGCAGAGCUUCAUCCGAGGAAUGCCUCGUGGAAAGAAACUUGUAAAACACCACGCUUCUCUCACUCCCCUUCAUCAGCGGAAUAGGUUGUGUUAAAGACUGACUUUUUUCAAGACUCAAAAUGGCAGCAUCUCAUAUGGCGUCAGCGACCUCUUACAAAAACCCCAAAUUGAUUUCUAUACCCGAAGUGGAAAUUGACAAGAACGGAAAAUUCAAGUACAUUCUUAUCAAGGUGCACGAUCCUGAUAUCGAUAGGGAGUUUAAGCACAUUGUUCGUGGGACAUCCAAAGCAGCGUAUCAUG